AUGAGAGAAGUCAACUUUAGCAUCCCAAACGUCAACAAGGCAUCUGUGGGUAUCACCACGGCCUUGUACGAUCGUAGAGCUCUUGAUUGUACCUCGACUCUCCCACUCAUCAACUCUCUUAACCACCUUGCCUAUCUCACCACAUCCUCGGCCCGGAUUAGGGACAUCCUCACGGUCGAUGGAGGCGUGGAGAGGCUAGUAUGCCUCUUGAAGGCUGGAAGAAGUAAGGAUAUGAUGGAUAUGUGGAAAUGGAAUCUGGCAUUUCAGUGUGUGGUUAAUAUUGGGGUCCGUGGCUCGGAAAAUGUCCGCACACGAGUGGUGGAAGCGGAUAUGGUUCCAGUGAUUGCUACCAUCCUCGACAAUUACAUCAAAGUGGUUGAUAGGUGCCGCGAAAAGGCAGAGGAAGCAAAGAAUAAGGCACUGGCUGAAUCCCGUCACCAUCGCUCAGGUGAGCAUCGAAGCUCUCGCAAAGGGUCCUUUGGGAGCCGUGUCUCCCGCUUUGAAUCGGAUUUUAGAGCUUCCCGAAGACAAGCUCCUCCACCAUCAAUCGAUAUUCCUGUAACCUUUCCAAAUCCUACUUUGACUGCGCCUCCAGACGCCAUGGACACUCGUCCAACUGGGGCAGCGUUUGCAGUCACUGCACCUCCUGAAAGAACGAAUUUCCCCACUCACAGACAUCACCACCAUCACCACCACCACAGAGCCCCCGAUGCCAGGCAACACUUUUUGCCUCCCUCCCGACACAACUUACAGCCACUUGCUUCUGCUGUUCCUUCAAUGGAUGCCGCAGAUGGGUUCAACUUGAGACCUGUUCGUGACGUGGAUCGUCUACCAUCCAUGGUUCCAGGAAUCCACAGUGGUAUUGGAUCACAACCAGAGUCUCCUACCACACCUAUACCUCCACCCAAUCAACUAAGAUCACCAACUGUUCGACCUACCUCUUUGUCUGCGCCAGCAGUUCGCUCUCGCAGAAGACCAUCAAUCAGACACCAAGCGUCAAUGGCUGGGGACCAGGAAGAUCCCAGCGCAGAUAGCAUGGCAUCUGAUGAAUCUGGUGACCCAGAAAUGUCAGGAAUCAGUGCUGUUACAGCAGGUGAAAUUCAAUCUCCAAUCAAUAUACAAGAUAUCAGCAUGGACGAGGGGGAUAGCAUGAUCACAGCAGUUGAGACCCCACUUGGAUUAACUACUCCCAGUGUCACAGAAGCCCAGGAUGCUGGGACAUUUAAUAUCACGCACCGUUCUGUCCUUGAUGGUAGCAUGAUUAAUGAUGCCACCACUCCCACUGUCCCAACCAUGGGACUCUCACCUGCACAACCUACGGUCGCAAACACCCCUCCGAUCAUGCCCAAUGCCACGAUUCCCCGAUAUCUUCUAGACCGACCAACUCCUACAAAUGGGCAGGUUCUAGCUGCAAUGCCAAGAGACGAAGAUGUUCUCAUGUCACUACAAUUACUCGCAUACGUCUCCAAAUAUUGCAACCUGCGUUCAUAUUUCCAACGAUCCCACCUCGUACCCAAACUCAAGAUUGGAUCGGAACUUCAUCUGCUGGAUGUGGACGAGUCAUUGGGCAAUACCUUCUCCCCAUCCUCCUCUGCUUCCUCGCUCACAUUGUGCGCAUCAGCUUGCGACUCUGAGGAAGAAGAAUAUCUUCUCCCAGACGAUUUCAACAUUUUCCCUCUAGUGGAAAAAUUCACCGUCAGACAUCACAGCCAGGAUAUGCAAUAUUGGGCAGGAGUUGUGAUGCGUAAUCUUUGUCGCAAAGACGAUAGCAGAGGGGGCAUCAGACAAUGUGCUUAUUACCAAUGCGGGAAAUGGGAAGAAUACACCAGACAAUUUGCCAAAUGCAGGAGAUGCAGGAGGACAAAGUACUGCAGCAAAGAGUGUCAGAAGAGCGCAUGGGUAUUCCACAGGCAUUGGUGUGUUGCAGCUACACAAUAA